AUGAGGUUUUCACUACCAUCUGAAAGACGAUACGUUGGCCCUCGCUUUGAAGAAGUUGACAGACGUGAAAAUACCGAAUUGGUUGGUGAAAUCAAGUUGAAGUUUGUUCCUCGUGCUGGAGGUGGAAGAGGCGGCGGCGGUGGAGGAGGAGGAGGACGCGGAGGAACUGCAGGAAGUGGAGCGGGCGGGUCCCGAGGCGGAUCUCGUGGAGGAGUUACGUUCUCGGGUUCAAAUGGCAACCGCGGUGCCUCCUCGUAUGGUCAAGGAGGUGGUUCCGUGACGACAAUUGGUGGCGGCGCCUUUGCGGGACGAUCCAUAGGUGGUGGUAGUCGUGGACAAGUAUACGGAGCGGGAUACUAUGGUCAUCGUGAAUACGGUCCUUCCAACAAUGAUAGUCGACCUGGGGGUCCGAUGCAGCAGGCGUUGGUACGAUCUACUGAAUGGCCACCAGAGGGCAGUGGAGGCAAUACGACAGUUAACAAUGCUACGGCUUCGUACUACAUCGUUGGAGAUGCUGACUCUGUCUCUGCGGUUAUGGAAGCGAUAGUCGCACAGUGCUCUGUUGUGAAUGCGACUGGCACACCCUUUGAUGAUAACAACUCCACCGUUCAUGUGGAGCAAGCAGUCCAGUACUACCGAGCUUCAUCGUUCAUGCUAGCUCUUACGUCCUACAAUAAUUCCGCAAGUCUUCCUGCAAACGCUCCUGCACAUAACAACACUGCACCCCCACCCACUAGUGCCGAUACGCCUUUACCGCCAGGCACCAAUACAACGUUCUUGAACUGCCUUAACGAGACUAUAGGGGCAGCUGUUCCGAUCAUGGAUUCUGCCCCGGAUGCACUACGCGCGACUGCUGGCUUGAAUGCGGUUGGAAUGCUCUGGUUGGUCAUAUGGCUGUUGAAAGUUUUCUAA